GCAACAGAAGCAGAAUGACUGAACUCGGAUGGAUUAAAACGUUUUUAUUUCUGGUUCUGAAGCUCCAGGCUACAGCAGUCACUGUAAACACUGCGUCUGUUUUAAAGAGAGCUGGAGAUGACGUCGUGUUGUCCUGUCAGAAUGUGGUGGAAGGUCAACAGAACUGUAACGGUACAACGUGGCUCUUGGGAGGGUCCAAAAGCACAGAGCUCUUAGCUCUGGUUGCGUUUGGACAGAUUGAGGAAACCAGAACCAGAACCAGAACCAGUAUAACUCCAAACUGUUCUCUAAUUAUAAAGAACAUCACAGCUGAGGAUGAUGGACAGUAUGAAUGUCAACAGUAUAAAUCUGAAGGCUCAAAAUAUCUGCCUCAUCGAUCUGUGAUUGAUCUGUCUGUUAUUACCAUGACUAAACACGUGGAGAACCAAACGGUCACAUUAAGCUGCUGGGUUAUGAAAUAUGGCUCCUGUAAACACAAAGUGAAGUGGCUUUUUAGUCAUCAAGAAAUGGAAAAGUGUAAAGUGAAGCCGUCUGAGAAGGAUAAAAAGUGCUCUGCUACUGUGAUCUGUCUGGAGUCUAACUCUGAUAACUCAUCAUCGAUGGAUCAGUUAUUUCAGUGUGAAGUGACGGGUGCUUCUAAAAAUGUUCAGCUGUUUUCCUUCAGUCAGCAUUCAUCAGGUGCAACAGCAGCGACACAAAAACCAACAACAACUGAAAACGGAAACACAAUGAAGACCAGAACAGGAAGUACUCCAUACAUUGGUGUCGGUGUGGCGCUGGUCGUCAUGGUGAUAAUCGCCACGGUUGUCAUCAGAUGGAGAGCUAAACGAAAUGAAACACGACGGGAUGAAAACGCUGUUGAUGCAGACGAUGACGUUUCUUAUGCCGCCAUCAGACAUCCCAAAACCAGCAGCGGCGAAGUUUUGGUUCAUGGUGAUCUGGACUCAGUGACCUACAGCACAGUGAGAAGUCAUUCAUCAUCUGCUGCAGCCUCCAAUGACCCCAACAGCCUCUACUCUCUUAUAAACUAUAACUAGAAUCGGACCAAAUCACGGUGAAAUAUUCAAUGUUUUAUUGCUGGUUUGGAUCAAAAACCAAACACUGAAAAUAAGCAUAAAACUUCACAGCUGUAAAACAUUUGGCAGCUCCAGAACCUGAUCAUUGUUAUUGGGUAAACAAUGUAUUGGCCUACUUCACUGUGCCAUGAUCCUAAAGACUGAAACAUUUUAAAACAUAGCACUGCUUAAUAACAACAUAGCGUCCACCAGAGGGCAGCAGAUAUGUUAGGGUAAGAUCUCGUACAGCUUUCUCUUCUCUGAGGCAGUUAAAGCAUGUUAACGGGAAGGAACAAAAAUGACAAAAUGGCCACCUAUCUUUGGCCAUUUUCUGGCCAAACAGAAAAUGACUGAACAUAUUUGAACACAGAAGAUAUCUAUGUUCAGAGCACAGAGAACAUCUCUGCUGUGGCCUGGAAACGUCAGAGGAUCCUCCAGAAAGAGCUGGAACUUUUCAGAGACAAACGACUUAUUGACCUGAAAACCUUUUCCUCACUCUGAUGCUAUCAAACAUCCAAAGAGAAUCCUAAAUCUAACUCAAUAAAUCCUGUUGGUUCACCUCGGGGAAUCAAAACUGCAUUCUGGAUUAGAUGGAGUGGAGAUUUGUAAACCGCUUUCAGGAUGAUAUUUUUUUUUUCAGCCUGGUAUGACUAUAAUUCUAUAAACUACAGCAAUUAAUGGAUAUUUGUCUGCAUAUGUGCUACAGCUGCAGCUUUAAAAUAACUUCUGUUGAUGGGGUUGUCAAUGACACCUAACAAUGAACAAACCACACCUGAUUUGGUCUUUGUGGUUAAAACCUCCAGAGCUCUGCUGAUGCUGAUGCUCACCAUGUUCUCAUCAAACACUUCCUGUUCAACACAAAAUAACUCUGCCCACUGCUGUUCUUCGUGCUGUAAGGUUUAUGCGAUUCACAUGUAACUUUCAAUUUGAUGUGGAGAACUAGCACAUGCCUCCACUGUGCACACACACACACACACAUGUACACUAGAAACACACUUCAACCCCACACACAUUCACACAGACAUGUUUAAGUAUACACAAUCUGAGGUUGUAGUUGUCAAUACAGGUUAGCUUUUCAUGAUGCAACCUGACCACUUUGAACAGAGAGUCAAUCAUACAAUUAGAAUUAUCUUUUUGCAAAGAAUGUCCUGCUGCAUGCAGGCCAUCUGCUUCUUCAUACGGUAUGUCUGGAAUGUCGAUGUAGGACGAGCAUUAAACACAAAAAUUGAGUUGUGUGCUUCUUUAAGCCUUCUCUUGUGUUUUCUAGGUGACUUUUUCAGUUAGGAAUCUAUAUAUUUCUAUAGAAUGUAGUACAUACAGCUGUCUGUCUGCAGAUGUGUCUCUUCCUUCUACAGCUUUAAAAUACUUCUGGUUGAUGGGAGUGUCAAUAAUAUGACACGGAGCAAACCACAUGAUCUUUUAGAGCCUUCGACUGUUUUGCUCACACAAAUGACUCAAAGUCGUCUGGAGAUAAAUGUUCAGAACACAAAUGUAGGUCCUUCAGAAGUUGUGUUUGGCUCCGACUCGCUCCCACUUCUCUCUUCUUUUGUGUAUGUGUGGGAGGUGGGUUUUUUUUUCUUUAUACAACCUGCAGAUAUUACCUGAUAUCACACCAGUCAAACACAAUAUGACAAACAACGACCAAAGUAAAGUUAGCCUUCCUGUGUUUACUCUGUAGAUUCCAGCACAGAAUGGACCAAGACGUGUCAUCAACCCAUCGGUGAAAAAAGGGCAACAUCCAUGGGUGGAAAAUAUAACAAAAGAUGUAAAUUUUUUAAAGUGAUUGAGUUUUGGCAUACCACAAACAACUUUUUUUUUACUUAACAGGAAAAUUACGACAUAUUUAAGCCAACAUGUUCAACUAAUCUAGGAUUCCUUUAAAAGGAUAAAGAAUAAACUGUUAUUGGUUUGCGUGACUGUGUGUACGCAUACCUUUUAUGAUUAUGAGACAUUUUUGUUCAAGCUGCAUCUUUAAAAUG